AAAAGAGUGACCCUUACUCCAUUUUACCGUGUUUUAAAGUUGCAGCUAACUUAUUACUUUAGUUUAAAAAAAAAAAAAAGUAACAAUGGAACAGACUUGUGACGUACAUAUUCGUGAAACAAGACUCGAAGUUGACGCCAGGAGGAGGCCGGAUUGACGAGAUCCUUUUUUUUCCAAUCUGACGAAAUGUUUGAAAUGCUUGUAACAAAGGAGUUUUCUUUUCUUCUUUAAACGGCAUGGCUCCGUGGAGGACAUGCUGGACGCCGAGAACAAGCGUCUGGCUGACAACUUGGCCACCAAAGUUUCACGACUCAAGUCUUUGGCGUACGACAUCGACAGAGAAGCCGAGGAUCAAAACGAUUAUUUGGACGGCAUGGACUCCAACUUCCUGAGCACCACGGGCCUGCUGGGCGGCAGCGCCAAGCGCUUCUCCAACAUGAUGCGCUCGGGACGCGACAACCGCCGCGUCAUGUGCUACGUGGCCAUCGGCCUGGUGGUCUUCUGCUUCCUCCUGUACUACGCCGUCACCAGGAUGCGACGUUGACCCGCUCGGCGUCUCUCGGCUGCUCCCGCUGCAGACUGCCGGAAGACUUGUUGAAGAAGGGUUGGGGGGGGGGGGGGACCCGAUGUGUGACAUGGAGGGGAGGUAGCAAAAAUGGCGCCUGAGCAGCUCGGACUCAGAAGAGACUUUUUUUUUUUUUUUUUGUACUUUGAGAUUUAACUUGUAAAAUACAUAUAUGUUUACAAUAUCUAUGAAAAGUAAUAUUUUGUAAAAGGCAGUGACAAAUGUAACUUCCUGCAUUUGGUAAAAGACUCGUUAACAUGGUUUUUGUUUUGGUGUGGGUGUUAAAGAGGAAGAUGCACGAGAUAAGACUUGGAUGGAAAAAGAUGACAGGCGGGACAAGCCGAAAGGAAAGGCAUAUACGUGUGUAUGGUUACUGAAUACAUGUGGUGUGACUGGUUAGCGUCUGAGCCUCACAGUUGUGAGGACUGGGGUUCAAAUUCUGGCCAUGCCUGUAGAGUUUGCAUGCACUCUGGUUGCCUCCCGCAUCAUGGGAG